GCACAUGAACUUUUCCUGGGAUUAUAUUAUCUUUAAUCGUCACUUGCUUCCGUUGCCAAGUGACUGUCGAGAGGGCAAACCACCUAAAAUGUUUUCGGGUCAUAAACGAAGGGUGGUAUUCUAGGGCAGAUGUAACUGUAACAAGAGCACUUUGCACGCCUGGCAGGUAAGAUCCGCAUUUGUAAACCUAUCUCGUGGAGUGAGUGUUCUGUUUUUUUUUUCUGGCGUCGAUUCAGUGACUUCAGUGUGUGUUGUAGUGAAGUGACAGCUCUACACACCAGUUGGUUUUUUUUUCCUCCAGUCAGCUAAAGACAGUUUCACAAAUAUUGGAGAAGUUUUCUAACAACCUGUUUAAUUCUACUGCUUACACCAAUCAAGCGGAACAAACGUCAAUAUUUUCCCAAAGGUUUUAAGUCUGCGGCGUACAGAGACAGCGGCGGGUGCUUGUCAUGCUAGAAAAGCGACCAAGCGUGGAGAAAGACACAUGUCUACCCGAUUGUACGUAAGUAGGACAAGUGUUCACUUCUCCGAAUGGAGUUAGAAUCUCGAGGCUAACACUACGAGGCUAACACAACGUACAUUUGUACUUCCGUGCUUACUACCACGUUGACAGUGUCACGGUGGUGUGUGUUCAUGUGUAAAUAUGGAGACAGCCUCGACACAACCCCGCGGUCAAAUGCGUGAAACAGGUGUCUAGGUUGGAGAACAAUAAAACACAGCGCAAACCUACAUCAGAGGUGUGUGAUUCCAUCUAAAGACGACAGCCUCUGUGGACACCUGCAGGCAUCGCACCAUGGAGAAGGUCAAGACCUUUUUGAAGCGCGCAACGCGCGUGAAGACGGUUUCCGAUGACAUCCACGAGACGGCGCUGCGGCGCUGCCUCAACACCUUUGACAUGACCUUACUGGGCAUCGGUCACAUGAUCGGCGCCGGCAUCUACGUGUUGACCGGCACAGUGGUUCGGAAGAAGGCCGGUGCCUCGGGGGUCCUGUCCUACCUCUUCGCCGGCUUCACUGCCUUGUUGAGCGCCUUGUGUUAUGCCGAGUUCGGCGCCCGCGUGCCCAAGGCAGGCUCUGCCUACUCCUACACCUACGUCACCAUUGGCGAGAUUUGGGGCUUUGUGAUUGGAUGGAACAUCAUCCUGGAGCACAUGAUUGGUGCAGCGUCUGUGGCUCGCGCCUGGAGUGGAGCCAUCGACUCCAUUUUCGACGGCGCCCUCCGGAACGGCACCCUGACGCACAUCGGGUACCUCAGUCACAAGAACCCCUGGAUCUCCGAGUACCCCGACCUCCUGGCCACGGCCAUCACCAUCGUCGUCUUCAUCGUCGUGGCCACGGGCGCCAAGUUCUCCAUCAACUUCAACAGCGCCUUCACCAUCCUGAACGGCGUGGUCAUCGCCUUCAUCAUCAUCGCCGGCUUUACCUACGCGAACACCGCCUACUGGAAGGACAGUCAGUAUGGAGGGUUCUUCCCCUACGGCUUCGGCGGCACCCUAGGUGGCGCCGCAUCCUGCUUCUUCGCCUACAUCGGCUUCGAGGGCAUAGCCAUUUCCAGCGAGGAGGCCAGAAACCCAGAGAAAUCUGUUCCCAUCGCAACGCUGGUGUCGCUGGCCGUCGUGACUCUGCUGUACAUGCUCGUCACAUCCAGUUUGACGCUGAUGGUGCCGUACUACGAAAUCAACACAUCGGCAGCCUUCCCAUCAGCCUUCGCGGCUGUGGGGUCGGAAUGGGCCAAGUACGUUGUUGCAGCAGGAACCCUCCUUGGCAUGACCACCUCCUUGCUGGGUUCCGCCUUCUCCCUACCCAGGUCUGUCUACGCGAUGGCCGAGGAUGGUCUCCUGUUCCAAUUUCUUGCCAAGGUCCAUCCCAAGACGCAAACUCCACUGUACUCCGUCGCUAUCUUUGGAUUGCUGUCGGCGCUGAUGGCCCUGUUCUUCGAGAUCGACACUCUGGUGGAGUUCAUGUCCAUCGGCACCCUUUUCGCCUACACCAUAGUCGCAGCCAGCAUCAUCAUCCUGCGCUACCUGCCGGUGUCCAGGUGUCAAUUCAAGCUUAAGCCGGAGCAGGAGGGACAGCAGAACCAGGAGGAGGUUUCGACGGAGAAGAGCAGCAUCGUCAAGAAAUCCAAGAGCCACGAUGAUUUCGGGAAGCUACGAGAGAGUCUGCGAGAGAUCCCCAUUCUGAGGCACUUGGAGCCAGGCAAUGGCGUGGUGUGGGCCACAGUCAUUUUGGGAGCCUUGUUCCUGGGCCUGACGGGGCUGCUCAUCUACGGCUUUCACCUUUUACAGCAGACGACAUGGUGGGCCAUACUGCUUGUCAUCCUUAUCCUUAUCGCCGUUAUCUUCUUCUACCUUGUCAUUGUUGCUCACGAGCAGAAUGACGCCUUCCUCACAUUCCAGAUUCCACUGGUUCCCUUCAUACCGGUCAUGAGUAUGUUCCUAAACAUAGCUUUGAUGAUGUCACUCUCCUACCUCACCUGGAUACGACUUGGAAUCUGGAUGGUAAUAGGUUUUCUUGUCUACUUUAUCUACGGUAUACACUUCAGUAGAGAGAACCGAACAUGUGAAGGCUAUGGACCAAUGGUGGAAUACCAUGGUGAUGCCAAGCUCCCGGACAGCAGCUUGUCCACCAUGGAGGAGGAAGUUAAAGAACAGCAGCCUUCUCGUAGAGAGGAGGGUUAUUUUUGACUCAAUGUUUCCAUGCAUUCCAUUAGAAAUUAGACGUCACAAAGUAUAAUGUUCAGAAGCUUACUGUAUCCUGUUGCCUGUGAUUCUUGUGGUAGGGAACAAGAUUCUGCGUGCCCAAGACUUAACAGUGAUUUAUUUAAGUGUGAUCAUGUGUUUUGAUAUAAGCAGCACGCACGCAGGCAGUCACAUAAGAACACAAACAUGCUAACAAACCAACAUGCUCACGCACACACACACACACAUUUGUAUGCAUAUGUGUACAUGCACGUGUACAGAAUAUGGUGUUUGUAAAGUUUAUGACUAAGUUGACAUUAGAAAUUCUUCUAAAUAAGGACUUCCUUGCUUGUCCUAAGGGACAGCAGUUAUAAACAUUCACUAUAUUGAAUGCAAUUUGAACAGACAAUACAUCUCACUUUAAUAAAAAUGUAUUUUAACUCUCGUCAAAGGUUCAGCAUAUCAACAGGCAUAUGGGGCAAUCCCUUCCCCCAAAAUCAUUAAAUUUGUUUUAGCCAGAUAAUGCUAUAAUUAGCACCAGUUUUAUAAUACGCUAAGCAGGGCUAAUGAUGAGAGUGCACUUAGAGGUUGGCAGUAAUUACAGUUGACCUCACUGAGAACAUUUUAAUGGCUUCCUUUCAAUGGUGGUUUUUUAAAUCCCACUUUCCCUAAUCUUUCACCCCAGUCCCUUUUAACACUCUUUCUCUAGUCCAUAAAAAUGCUAAAUCUCUUUUUUCCUGCUUUUAGCUGAAACACACUUUGCUCAAGCUACACCCUAAUGAUGUGGCAAUGACAGCAGCAUGUAGUUCAGAAGGUUCGUGCUAGCUUGAACUGGAUUUUAACUCAGCAGGAACUAAAUGACAGAUGUGGCGGUGCAGGGUGUACACUUGUACUUGUUUUAUGACUAACACAAGGUGUGGUCUUAAAAGUCAAGAUCCCCAGCAUUAAAAUGCAGUAUCAGCACAUGAAAGACAGGGCGUCCUUAAAAUCUGAUAAUGUGCAAAACAAAUUGUCUACUGUAUUGAUCCAAGAAUGCUACCUGUUGUAACCCCUCUAAGACAGGAAAGAGUGGAGUAACAAUGUGCAUAACAGAAAUUUUUUUAUCUCACUAGAGACAUUUUCUCUGUGUGUGUGUGUGCACACAUGCAUGUAUCUGCGUGUGUGUCACAAAUAUUUACUCAAGAGCCAGCUGACAUAAAUAUUCCACACUGUUAUUCUUACAUGUCAGUGUUGCCCCAAAAUUAUGCUGAUUGUUUUGACAGACAAAAUGCAAAAAACAUUUGCCUUUUGUUUUUGAUAGUGUUAUGUACCGCCAGAUUGUAAAUACACUCUCUGUGGCUUAUGAAACACUGUAUCAAGUAUCUAUAUCACAUGUAAUUCCUAAGUGUCAAAAAUGUAUUUACAAAAUCUGUGAUGUUCACGUUGUGAGACAUUUGCAUAAUCUAUAAAAUUAAUGGUGGAGUUUUUUAUGCAAGACUUAUUUUCUUGCCCAGCAAUAUCUAUGUCCUUAAUGACAUAGAUGGUUCUACAUAAGACAGCUGAUCUUCCUAUUAUGGCUAUACACACACAGCCAAAGAACCUUUUGGUUGACUGGACCUUUAGCUUCGUCUUCGAAUGACAGUUUUAAAAGCAAUGUUUAGUUAACUGAAAAUUUUCUGAUUCAUAAACCUGUCCUGAUGAAUAACCCUUUUCAGGGUAAAUUUCACAUGUAAUAGGGUUAGAGAAAAUUUUUUCUCUCUUUUAUAUGCUGCAGCACAAACAUUUCCAUUAAUGUCUUAGCCAUUUUCACUGCAGUAUAAUUUCACCUUCAGCACCAUUGGCCACUACUCUUUUAUGAGAAGGCUGUUGGCACCACAGAAAGACCUUCUAAAACUAAACAAAAUUUUGAAAAUGACUCACUAGAUAAAGAUCAUUCAAAGGAAGGAACUGCUGCAUUCAAAAGUGGAAUCAAAUAUUUAUCACUGAAUCUUUUCAUUUUAUUUUAUGUGGAAGGAAAGUCUGGGUAAAAAGAGAAGCUGGUAUGUGCUAUUUCAGCUCCUAGCCAAGUUGAAACUGAAACACUUCAAUAGGCUAUAGUUUGAUGAUCAGCUGAAGGUGACAAGGAGGAUUAUUUUGUCAUUUAAAAAGCAAUAAUCAGUUUGAAACAUGCUGUAAAUGGCAAUGUGCUCAGUUACCAUGAGUUAUAUGCUUAGAUUUGAAGUACAGUAUGUGGUGAGACAUUCUUCUCAUUGAAUACAAUUGAAAUCACACCUUAUGGUAAGAACAGCCCUUUGAGCUGAAAUUAUUGUUUAAAAAGAAUGUUUUUAUUAUAAAUUUAUCACUUUAAAGUUUUGAAAUUAUUUUGAGGACAUAUAGAUGUUUACAUAUGAUAAUAUUAUUGUACUAUUAAAUAAGGUUCAUAUGCUUAGAGCACUAUGCCACACAACAGACAAGCUCACUACAAUGCUGACAUCUCAGUAACAGUUAAUGAUGUAAAAUGAUGAACAAUUCACAGAUCUUAGCUGUUUGCUGUUAGUAAUGGGUGAUUACUGCAUUUUGAACAGUAAAAUGAAAAUCUUCAGAAAACCAGGAGAAUACGGAAAAAAAAUGAGAUCAGGACUCGUAUGCGGGAAGCCUUGAUUGGACUAUCCGCACGAUAGCACUUAAAAAUUUUGAUGCAGGGAUCCGCGUUGCAGCGCCAUAUCCUAUGAUAGCUGGUAAUUAGGGGCCCCUGAAUCAGAAUCUUCAUGUGCUAAGGGCUUUCUGCAUACGAAGCCAGAAAAAUACAGACCAGUGACAUCAUGUUAUACAGCAGGUCAUCAUCACUGGAGUUAAUUCAUUGUGACUCAAGAUUGCUGCUGUAGAAAGUUAGUAAACAGAUCAAAUCAGUUCAAACUGUUAAAGUUAGUAAAGAACAAUAAAUCCAUCUAUAAAAGAUGCGAGAGUACCAAAACCCAGAUAUGGUAAAUACAGAUGUGAAGAUUCAUUACUGACAUCUAAUUCAGAACACAUCUGCAAAAUAAGAGCAAGCUUAUCCCCUCAGACUGUUAAGAUUGGGUUUAUCCUUAGGUUUGAUAACAGUUUGCUUCACUGCAAUUGCAUUGUAAUAGGUGUUUUAGUUUGUUGCUUUGUUUUUUUAACAGGUGGGGGGUGGGCAAUCUUCCACAAUUUACUGCUGGGAAGAUAAUUGAAUCACGGUCACGGAAUUAGUUGAAAUAAGGUUGGUGAAAACCCCCUUACAGCACAUAGCAAGUGCAGUUGGUUAUUGUCUCUGCCAAUGACAUUGUGCGUGAUUAUUCUGUUUGUAUGCAAUAUUUUUGUUUUGGUCAAGCUGACACCAAAUUUACAGCAAAGUAAUUUAAUGACAAUGUUACUGACAGCUUAAAGCAAACUAUAAGGGACUAUCCUUGUAUGUAUAGUUGUGUUGUGCCACACACUGUGUAUUCUGUACCACUGCCACGAAAAUUGUGAGUUUGCAUAAAAAAAAAAAAUGGUUAUGGCAGGUUCUUGAGAAAUAGAUGCUUAUACUUUGAUGCUUCACAAUCAUAUCAAAACCAAAUGUUUACAGCAUUGUAACUAAAGCACUUUUAUUGGUUUGGCAAAUAAAGUUAUUGUUUCAGCUGUA